AUGGAGAAUAUUUCCUCGGUGCCUGUGGGCGGGACUACUGCCGUGGAUGAUAAACCCACUCAGGAUCUCGCUCAUGUGGAGCGGGUCUUGUCGUCUGCUGAUAAGCUCAAGGGUGAAGAUGUCCGGGUCGAUACCGAGGUGUUGGAGUAUGCUGCUCGCGGGCAGAUCGAGGUCGACGAUGAGGAUAGUCGUCGUCUGCGUCGGAUGAUUGAUCGACGGGUGUUGGUGAUCAUGAUCGUGACGUAUUUCUUGCAGGCUUUGGAUAAGGGCACCAUGUCGUUUGCGUCGAUUAUGGGGAUUAAGACGGAUACUAAUCUGAAGGGACAGGAGUACUCCUGGCUCACAACAUGUAUCUACAUCGCCGUCCUGGUAGUCGAAUACCCCACCAACUGGAUUAUCCAGCGUGUUCGCAUCGCCAAAUACCUCGGCUUCAACAUCGUCUGCUGGGGAACCAUCCUGGCGCUACACGCAGCAUGUCACAACUUUGCUGGUCUAGUCACCGUACGCACUCUACUAGGUAUCUUCGAAGCAGCCUGCCAACCCUCAUUUGUGGUCCUCUCCGGCAUGUGGUACAAACGUGAAGAACAAGCCUCCACCGUAACCUACUGGUACAUGAUGAACGGCGGACAACAAAUCGUCGGCGGCCUCCUCGCCUACUGCUUCAGUCUGAUCCCCUCCCACCGUGCCCUAAAAUCCUGGCAAGCCCUCUUCCUCACCUACGGCUGCAUCUCCGUCCUCUGGGGCUUAUUCGUAAUCUACUGGAUGCCCGACUCCCCCAUGCGCGCCAAAUGCUUCACCGAAUCCGACAAACACAAAAUGGUGGAGCGCGUCCGAGCGAACCAAACCGGUCUGCAGAAUAAAACCUUCCGAGCGUAUCAAAUGUGGGAGGCGUUUCGCGAUCCACAAAUGUGGUGUUACUGCGCCAUUCAGGUGUUCACCACCCUGCCGACGAGUGGGCUGGGCGCGUUCGCCAAUAUUAUUAUCAGUGGGUUUGAUUUCACCGAGUUGCAGACGCAGUUGUUGGCGAUGGUGUUGGGAGUGUAUAUCAUUGGGGUGUUGUUGGCCAGUGCGUGGUUGGUGAAACAGUAUGAGCAGAAUUUGUUGGUUAUGUUGGGGUUUAUUAUUCCGUCGUUUGUUGGGACUAUCGUCCUCAUGACGGUGGAAAAUACCAGUCUGAGCACCAAGGUCGGGUUGCUGAUUAGUUACUAUAUCACGUUGUCGUUCUGGUCGGCUCAGAAUCUGGGGUUGUCGAUGGUGACGAGGAAUAUUGCGGGGGCGACGAAGAAAUCGACUGUCGUGGCGGCGACGUUUGUGUCGUGGGCGGUGGGGAAUGCAAUCGGCCCCCAAGUCUUCCUCGAUCGUGACGCCCCCCGGUACUUCAUCGCCUUUGGGGUCCAUCUAGGCUGUUACUCGGCCAUGACUCUCUCGGUGAUCUUCCUCCGGUUCUAUCUCAUCCGGGAGAACAAGCGGAAAGAUCGAGCAAUGGCCGAGAUGGGAAUUGCCCUAGAGGGCGAGGAUCAUCUGGCCCGGGCAUUUGAGGAUCGGACAGAUCGAGAGAAUGUGUAUUUUCGGUAUAUUUACUAGCUUAC